CCCCAAGCGAUUUUAGAUAUGCAUUGCCACAACACAGUCAACCUCAUGGCUUUCAAAAAGCAAUCCCGACUGAUUCUCUUGCUCGUCUCUUUCGUUUUAGUGUUUUGGGCUUUGCCAGCCGAGUGCAGAUCUAUCCAUCGAGAGUCCACUUUGCUGUCGAGGCACGAGCAAUGGAUGGCUCAACAUGGACGCACUUACAAGGACGCUGAGGAAAAAGAUAGGCGCUUUGCGAUAUUCCAGAGCAAUGUGGAGUACAUUGAGUCCUUCAACAGUGCGCCGGGCAGAGAUUACAAAUUAAAAAUCAACCAGUUUGCAGAUUUGACCAACGAAGAGUUCAGAGCUUUUCGUGGUGGCUUUAGACUGCCAAAGACCAGAAUUGGGUCCAAAAAAGAUGAUACUCCUUUUAGGUACGAGAAUUUUACCGAUGUGCCAUCUUCCAUUGAUUGGAGAGAGAAGGGAGCGGUCACCCCGGUCAAAGACCAAGGCCAUUGUUCUAGUUGUUGGGCAUUUUCAGCUGUUGCGGCGGUGGAGGGGCUUAUCAAGAUCACUACAGGUAAUUUAAUUUCGCUGUCGGAGCAAGAACUUGUGGAUUGCGACGUGCAGAGAGAUGACCACGGGUGCAAUUAUGGUUGGAUGGACGAAGCUUUUGAGUUCAUCCAACAAAACAGUGGGCUUGCAACGGAAGCCGAAUAUCCCUAUAAUGCUUCGAAAGGCGCGUGCAAAGCCAAGGCCUCCCUUGAACAUACCAGCAAGAUCCGCGGCUAUGAGGACGUGCCUGAGAAUGAUGAGGACGCCCUUCUGAAAGCGGUCGCGAACCAACCAGUGGCGGUCGCGGUUGAUUCCAAUGAAGACUUCCAGUUCUACUCCAGUGGUGUGUUCACUGGCGAAUGCGGGACUGACUAUGAUCAUGCUGUGACGAUAGUCGGGUAUGGGACGAGGGAUAACGGGAUGAAGUAUUGGUUGGCGAAGAACUCAUGGGGCAAGGGAUGGGGCGAGGAAGGAUACGUGAGGAUUCAGAGAGAGGUUGAUGCUAAGGAAGGACUUUGCGGGAUCGCCAUGCUAGCUUCCUAUCCCAUUCCAUGAAGUAUAAAUUCAAGUCCACUAGAUGAAUUGUAAUAAAAUCGAUCCUUGCCGAUCGACUUGAAUAUGUAAUGUCAUUACAUUAAAUCAGUAACCAUAUUUCAUUA